AUGACUACACUCAAAACAGCGGUAAGUACAAUUUUAGACGCUCAUUCUGUUUCAGGUACACCGGACGCCAAGAAAAUUGGACUGGCCGAGGAGCUGGUCGACAAGAAGGCCUUGGAAUGUCGGCAAUACGCCGAGCACUUUACUAGCACAUUAGACACACAUAAGACUGAUGAAAAAACUAAGAAAGCACUUAAUGACUUAAAUGAUAAAUUACGUGAUAAAAUUGAAUAUGUUCGUAGUACUGUUCAGUACGAAGCCGAGCGCCUUGAGAAGGCGCGUAGGCAGGAAAGAGAAGAUACGGCAGAGAGGACGAAAAAAGUUGUUGAAGUGAUGAAAAAGUGUGGAGAAGAUAUUAAUACGCAUAUUACCACGGAAGUGACUCAGCUCGUCAGGAAUUUUAAAUCUUUGGUUAGUGAUAUUUUGCAGGCUCUUCAGAAACUUAGCAAGGAGUUGCGACAGCAUGUCGUGGCACUGGGUAAGUGGAUUGGCGAUGCAGAUGCCGCGGUUCAAAAGGCGUUGAGCAGGGUGGAAGAAAUAAUAAAGGAAGCAAAUGCAGGCGAUUCAAGCAAAUUCCCUUCCCAACUUGUGGCGGCCGCGGAUCAGCUGAAAAUGCAGGCAGACUUAUUAUAUGCAUCUGGCAGUGCGGCGAAGGAGAAGGUUGAACAAAAGGUUACCGCGGCGCUUAAGGCUGUGAACACUUUGAACGACGCAGUUAAGGAUAGUUUGAAUGAGGUGAAAGUGCAGAUUCAGAUUGGGAUUGGGAAGUAUGUUCAGGCGUUGGGGAGAGCAUUUAAGGAGGGUGUGGAGAAGGCAAAUGGUUGGAGCGGUGACGGUAAGAAAGGUGUAGAUGCUUUUAAGGAAGCUUUAAAUGACAAAGACGGUGCAUUGUACAAAUUGCUCAACGUUGGAAAUAGAGACAGUCCUAAUUUCCGGGAUAAUUUUGCAUGGCUACUGGAAGCAAUUCAUAGCCAUAUUAAAGGACAUCUGGAUUUGAUUAAGGAUGACCAGCACCUGUCUAAUGCCCUCACCGAUUACAUUAUGAAAGCAGUCGAUGAACAGUUGCCGCAGGAGCAGGCGGAUAGGGGUUCAGAUAGAGUUGACUUAUCCAAGAGUAUACACUUCAGCAGUUAUAAGAGGUACAUCAAACAACCUAUCAACGAUGCCGACGAUCCACAAGGCACUUUUCCACAGACGAUCAAGGACAUUAGAAGUGACGUUACCACCGCGCUGACAAACAUCGACGAUCACAAUAUCCAAGUCGCGGAACAGUUACGGUUGGUCAACCAGCACCUUAGCAACCUGUGCUAUGCCAUUCAAAACGCCGCUGGACUUGGCCCGGAAUGCGCGAAAAGCAAAUUGGAAGAGCUGAAGAUCAAGUUUUUUGCGCAGUCGACGGACGCCCAAGGCAGCAUUAACAAAAUUCACAGCGAUAUCAGCAAGCUGCAAAAAAGUCUGGAAAGCGGGCCAAUUGGCUUGUGUAAUAAAUUCCUUGGACACCACGCCGAGCGAUUACGCAGUUCAACCAUCGAAACGCUUAUACAACAGGUAAACAAAGAAGUCGACAAGGUGCAUAAUAUUAUGACAAUUCACUUCCAGAAACAGUACGUUGACUCCAUAAAACGUUUGCUUACAUCUUUUGCGGAGAAGGUGGAGGAGGAGUUAAAACCUUUGCCAAAAGAUAUUUUACAUGACUUAACACUAGGCCACAAGGCCUUCAUGUCCAAAUUUGCAGAGCAUUUUAUUACAAACCCUAAAUCAAUCGUAGGUAUUAAGGGCAUUGAAAAUACACCUUCGCAAGAGAAAUCUCCGCUCAGCCACGCGACUUCAAAAUUAUACAUGUCGUUUAGGCUUUUCUUCCGUGAUUACCAAAAGAACAUAGACUUCAGUAAAGACUUUAGAAAAAUUGAGGCAUCGAAGGAUGCAUUGCAGAAAAUGCUGGCAGAGCUCAUAACAUCGCAGCACUUCAGCCACGAAUUUAGCAAUAACUUACAAUCACUUACUAAUCAACUUGGCGAGCUUCACCCAUCUGAAUUCGGUGCAUCUUCGACUCCCAUGUUACAGUCACUUAAGGAGGGAAUAAUUGCCCUAGUCGGCGAACUAGGCAGGGCGUACGUCUCGCGGUAUUCGCAGAGGACUAUCGAGUGGGACAAAAUCGGCCAGGCAGAGAAAGAAAAGUACGCUAAAAUCGCCUUGACCCUUACGCCAGUCGUGUAUCAUGAAUUAACUGCGCUGAAGGAAGGACUUGAGAAUGGUUGGGAAAGUUACAAAAUAUAUGACUCUUCUAACUCCAAUCACAGUCUGCAUAAAUUAUUCUUCGCUUACAACGGGUAUGAUGUUGGCCGCCCGGCCGAAAGCCCAUAUGGCGAGUUAAAUCACAAAAAAGAUUUCAAUGGUAGUAAUAUUCUUGCACAUCUUAAUAAUGAAAGACAUAAGCUGUAUAGUAAAAUUACAACUCCCAUCACCGUUAUGUCUGAUUCCCAAAUCCAGUCGGAUGAGCCUCCACUCACCAUUGAAGAGGAAAACGGUGUCGUCCGACAACUAUUUGAUCACCUCAAUAAAUACUUCGGAGUCUGUCACUUAAAUUACAUUGACAAACCCAGGUCACCGUGUAGCAUCUAUGACAUGUCCCUAUGGCUCUCCGGCCUUCCGCAUAAUCCUGUUUACGAAAAGCUUAAGCAGCAGAUUAAGACGAUGUUUGAAGUACCAAGUGAGACAGAUCCUUCAAUUAAGACUGUGGAGGCCAUCGCAGCCUAUCCAAAACCAUUUACACAUGAUGAAAUACACGAGGCACUUAGAGAUGUUACAUCUAACGCUUAUGCACUGCUGACUGGUGUGCUCGGGCACGGAGAUGCUGAAACGUUUUAUGCGUGCGAGUUCCCUAGCAACUCCCUCAGCCUGAAAUAUCCCAGUUCCGGCGCCGAGUGUCUCGACAUGUUGCUUGAUAUCCUACGACGGAUGUUCCCGGUGCUCACAUUCUUGCAUACUAAGUGUGGUCUACGUGAUAAGCACGGUGGAUGGCGUGACUGCUACUACGGCAAGGAUAUCAGGUCAACCAAAUUCUCGUGCAACGAGCAUGUUACCGACAAAGCUAGGUGCCAACCAAACAACAAAGUUGCGUGCCAACCAACCUCUCCACUUAUGUCUUACCUAAACGACAGUUUACACGGUCACUUGCCUCAUGAUGUAACCUCUAUUGGUUGCAAAUCAUCGUGUUCCACGUGCUCUAAAAACCCACCUGGAAUGCCGUGUCUCCCUCCCCUCGGCUUCAGAGCAUUUUCGAAUAGCACGCAUACAGGGAGAGACCUGUGUUCAUUACUUGGCAAACUAUGCGGUGCUGAUGGCGUGUUCACAAGACUCUAUGCGCCACUUGCUUGCCUUCUCAAUCGUGCACCUAAGACGUUCCCUGAUAUAUUCUCAUUCUAUUACCAAGUCGUCAGACCAUGGAAUUUGAUGUCAUCCAGAGUUAAACCAUUAAAUGUAAUUCAACAAGCAAUCGCCGACAAAAUCACGUCUACCGUGGGCUGCGAUUCUAGUGAUGCUGUGUCGUUACUCGAUUCAUGUCGCAAAAUGUAUGACUCUCCAUCGCACUUUUUGCAUGACGUUAAUAGUGGUUGCGAUAUUGGCUACCUUGUUGGCUGCGGUCAGUCCGACUGCGGUUACAUCAUGCGCCCGCUCAACGCAUCGGCCUACUCCAUGUUUGCUCCUAAGUUUGCCAGCAGUUAUCUGUCGUGUCUGCUUUACGCUUGUUCAAAUAUUUACAACUUCCUCGAUCAGCUGAAAAAUUCUUUCUGCGACAUUUCCUGCUACGAUCACCAGUGUGGUCCAUGCCUUAACAGUGCCGGUUGUGUAACUAACAGGCAUGGCACAAAGCCAUGUGGGUGCGCAUCCAUUGUCCACUGCCGAGGAGUGUCAUCGGUGUUAUACAGAUAUGGCUUAGCAUAUGCCGAUGCCGCCGGCAGAAGCCAAAUUAAAUGUCAGGAUUUCUGCACAGCACUAGACAAAAUAUUGCAAUCGCAGACGUUGAAGAAUUUCUUGAGUGCCAUCGAUGAAUUCAUGGCUUUGGAUAUUUUCCUUGCUCUACCUGCUGCACAUCGCCGUCGUCCGCCUCGACGUCCUGAGGAUACGCUCACACCUGAGAUCGCCCGCAAGCCACCGCAUCGCCGCCCAGUCCCUCCUCGCCGCCGCACGCGUCAAGGCACUCGCCAACGUCAAUCUCAUCAGGCUUCCUUGAACUCUCUUGAUACACUGAGUGAGCUUUGUGGAUAUGCUGAUAAAAUUCAUAAUAAUCGUGUUGACGAAAAUCCUUCUAAAAUCCUUCUAAAUAACCUGUGCUCUGGCUUGGAGAAGUUCCUUGGUUACCAAGAAACUUCCAAAGGCUACGAUGGCAAGGGAAUUGUGUACUCGGACCUUGACAGGCUCUGCGACGGGGUGAUGUCUUUCCUUCAUGGUGUUUUAAAUGAAGUUUAUAAAAAUAAUAACCUUUCGCCUUAUAAAGAGACGUUAAAAAAUGCUGUAAGUGAUUUGGAAACUCAUCGUAAUAAUGGCAAAACAGGUUUGCGUGAUGUGAUUGACAGUGUGAAGAGGGGGAUUGAGAGGUGGUUGGAAGGUGUCACGUUGUCCAACAAAAAUGUCAGCAAGUAUAUACGCAGCGUUGAAACUACAUUGCCGGAACUUAUUAAUGCCAUUACAGGUUUGGGAAAUGUUGAUUAUGAGAACGUUAUUGACAAGCUCUCUCCUAAUAAAGGUAGGCUGUUCGAAUGGGUCAAGGAGGUCGCAAAGUUUACUAACCACUCCGGUACAUCAGUGAUAAAUCUUAGAUUCCUUGAUGAAAAGCUUCGGAAUAAAAUAAGCCCCCAUGUUAAUUUGGUUGCAGAUGCGGUUAGAACCUUCGUUAUCUCCAAUGAUGGAGAUUACGAGGGCCUUCGUCUGGUGUGUAAUAAAGUUGACAAAGAGAUAACAGCUAUUAAGACCGAAACAAACAGAGUUUCUAACGAGCAGCAAAACAAUUGUAUAAGUGAUUUACAGCUGGAAUUUUUCAAAAAAAUUCAAGGGCCCAUAAGGAGUGUCGAAGGGAAAUUGGAUGAAGUCCAAGAUAACUUGCAAAAGUGGUUUCAGAAGACUAAAUCGUUAGUAAGCGGCAUAAUAACCACGACAAAAAUCGUUUAUGAUAGGUUGAAUCCUGAUGAAAAAAAGAAUGACAAUACAGGAACUACGCUUGGGAAAAACAUUGACGGAAUCGCGCAAGCGAAUGCGCAGAUUCAACAGGCGCAUGGAACGCUUACCAAUAAGGUUCCGGCAAUGGGAAGUUGGAUCACUAAAGCAGCGGAGAUACGUUUGGCAGCGGAGACGAAGGCUAACUUAGUUUUGGACCAGGUAGAUGAUACGAAAAGUAAAACUCAAAUCACUAUAAAUGCCGAAUUGUUAAAAAACAAAGCGACAAACCUCUUGAAGGCUUUGGAGUUGGCGCAUCAGGCUAUACAGGCGAAGGUGAGUGAUGCGCAGGAGAAAGUUAAUAAGUUGGAUAGUGAACUGAAAGAAAAGUUGUUGACCUUGAAUCUUGCUAUCCAGAGGGGAAUUAGGGAGUAUGUUGCAAAUACGGUUAUUAAGGUUUUUGACGCUGCUAAGAUGGUGACUUUAAAAAAUAAACUUAAUUAUAAUGAAGGUUUCACCGGUGGUCAAGAGGCACUGAAAGGCGAUGGUGGUUUGACUGCUGGUCCUUUGAAGACGUGGGUUACACAGCUCAGCGGGACUGAGCUGGAUUCGUUAGAAAGUGUUCUUUUCUAUCUCCAACAUAGCGUCAAAAAACAAAAUGGCGACACAUUUCCAAAAAUCGACGACAAUAAUCCCCUCAUCCAAGCCCUUAACAAUGACCUUGGGAGCAAAGUGGAUGCGGAGUUGCCGUGGGACAAACCAGAUCCGUCAAAAUUCCCAGGAUUAGUUACUCCGCAUGUGAAAAUUGACGAAACUCCAAGUCUGAAGACUUAUUCAGAGAAAAAGCAACAGCUUUCCGAUGCUCUCCCCAAGUUCCUGGAUGAGGGUCUAGAGAACAUUUUCAGGACAACUGGUGAAGUCGAAAAUUUCACUGACUUUGAAAAUAAAAAGACACCUCUCACAGAAGCGCUAAGCAGGAUAACUCAGAAAAUUAGAGAGCUAAAGAAAUACCUGAAAAAUGAAGAACCUGGCGCAACUGAGGUAGACAAUGGCGUAUUGCAACGUUUAGAAGCCUUGAAAAGGGGACUGACAACGGAGACAAAUUGGCAGUUAAAUACAGAUGGCACUUACAUAAAUGGCCUUGGUAAAAUUAAAAGUGACAUUGGUGAUCUGCUACCUAAAUUUAACGAGCACGCCCAAAUCACCAAAGGUGUUGCCGCAAUUGAAGAGGAACUUAGAGAGCUCAGGCGGAUGCUGAAGAAGGAGAGAGGAUAUACUGAUAAUGGCGUUCUGGACAAAAUAGAGGAUCUGCUAAACAAUGCCAUUUUCAGUGUUAAGGAAUGGCGUGAUACCAUGAGUCUCAAGAAAAUGUCCGAUGAAAUUCAAGGCAUCCUUACCGGAAACGAAAAUGCCAACUUAGAUUAUAUUACCCAAGAGGCUCAAACAUUCUAUACAGCUACCAUAAAAAAGCACGUCGAACAGUGCAUCUCUUCCAUCACCUCCAAACUUAAGACACAGGUAGAAGAGAAAAUCAAAGCCAUCCAAAACACCGCCCUCUCUCAGUUCGCCCAGUCCAAGGCCCGCGCGCUCGGGAAGCUGAAGGCGCUGGUGGAGAAGGAAAACAAGGAGAUCACAAAGAUCAUCCAAAACGAUUCCAACAGCGGGCUGAAGGGGAUGAUGAAAGCAAUGUACGGUGGUGAGUAUCCUAGUAAAACGCGUGAUGACAACAAUAAUUUGCUGAUUAAGCUUAAGAAUGCCGCGUCUCAAUCCACCGCUCAAGUUAAGGAUUAUGCUACAAGAUUCUCAGAUUUUGCAAAUAAAGUGGAAGCGUAUUUCAGCCACGUUAUAUUCCGUGUGUCCAAGGAAAUUAUGAGACUGUUCGAUCUCACAGAGAAGACAAGAGAGCAAAACGUGUAUUACAAUACCGUUAGGAAUACGUUUGGCGGUCUCGAUAAAUUACUAAAACAUCUAAUAGACAAUACAAAUAGGAAACAUAAUUACGACAAUACAUUCUCUAAUUUACUUAGCGAGUUUGAUAAAUUACUUGUCGAUUUGAAUCCCUCAAAUUUCGGUGAGAUCCCAAUGCCUUGCUUGCAAACCGCGAAAAACGCAUUGAAGGCUUUUGUCGGCCAGCUUGACAAGGCCUACCGAAAUAGCUAUUCGGGAGCAGUGAACAUCAACUGGGGGAGCAAAAAAUCCAUGGAUGGCGAAAAAUGCGCAAGGGUCUGCCUUUCAAUAUUGACAACAAUUAACAACGAUCUUGGCAUGUUGAAUUACAAGUGUAAUGGUGGCUGGAGUGCUGAAAAACUGUGCGAAAAGGUGAACGAUAAUGAAAAUCUACUUGGCAGUUUCCUGAAGCGGUGUGGAUUCCGUGUCGCCAAAAAUCAACAAUCCAAGGACGGCGAAUUACAUCAUGAGAGUGAAUGGAAUGGGAACAAAGUUCUUGGAAUACUUAAUGAAACAAUCAAAGAUGCCCAAAACAAACAUCUUAAAGUAUGCAUAUCGAGGUAUGACGAUAUUAAACUCUUUGACAUACUUCGCUGUCUCACUAGCCACCUCACUCAAUAUAAUAAAGUAUGCCACUACACAAUUCCACUUUAUGCCAAACAUCCUUGCAACGCUUUCCAGAUGCUAGUAUGGCUGAAAGGCCUGCAGCAUAAUUCCGCAAAAAGAAUGUUGCGGGACUACUUGCGAAAAUUACACGCGGAUGAAACAGACACAACAUUGCAAAAUGAGUUGUCGCACGUAUGUUCAUCUUCGUUACCCUCCAUAUACACUGCAGCGUAUGAUCUGCUUGUCACCGUGCUAGGCACCGGCGACGCUGCAACGUACUACGCCUGUCAAUAUGGUGACAACACCCUUAAUCUAUACUAUCCGUCGGCUGGAGCAGAGUGCUUCGACAUGCUGCUUGACAUCCUACGUAAAUUAUGUCCUGUUCUUACAUUCCUUCAUGGACAGUGUAGUCUCGGUAAAUCAUAUUUCGGCUGGAAUGAAUGCCAGUUUGGAAACGGUGUCCAAACGUCCGGCUGGCAGUGCGGCCCAGAGGGUGACGAACUACCAACUUCUAAAGUCGAUUGUUCCAUAAGUUCGCCGCUGCACUUAUACCUAACCGACGGCCUUAGGGGUAUGUUACCUCACCACGUAACCGGUGUGGGAUGUAAAUCAUCGUGCAACACCUGUCCCAAAUCCACAAGUGAAAUGCCGUGUAUCACGCCGCUUGGCUUUAGAGGCUUCUCUGGAAGUACGAGGACAGGCAAAGAGCUGUGUAACGUGCUAACCAAACUGUGCGGCAACCAAGGCAUUUUCACACAGCUCUAUUCGUCACUCAACUGCCUUGCUGGUCGACCACCUCAGACGUUGUGUGACAUAUUCACGUUCUACUGUUCUCUAUCGCAAUCCUGGACGUGGAUGUCUGAUAGCCAAGAUGGUAAUAAGUUGCAUCCCGUCCAAGCAGCUGUCUGUAAAGAAAUCACGGACACUGUAUCGUGUGAGUAUGAUGCCAAAGAGCUCCUUAGACCCUGCCGGUACUUGUAUGAGUCAACUAGUCACAGUACACAUAACUUUGAAAAACAGGCCGAUCUCAAAUGUCUUCUUGGCUGUGGUGAUUAUAGUUGUGGCAAUUAUUUCCGAUCGCUCAACGCUACUGCGUACUCCAAGUUUGCACCAAAGCACGCAGGCAAAUACCUUGCUUCGUUGGUCUACAUCUCUGAAAAUAUUGUCACCUUCCUAUCGCGUCUCAUAGAUGCUCUAGCAUCCAUUUCAUGUCAUGAUCACGGUUGUCAUGAAUGUGAUCACUCAGGUAAAUGUCGCAUGGGUAAGCACGGCACGGAAGCUUGUGGAUGCGAAUCCAUCGUUCACUGCAGAGGCCUCAUGCCUACUCUAUACAGCUUUGGGUUGACGUACGGCAACGUCAAAAAGCUACUGAACGGGGACCUAAGAGCAUGUCAGCAACUAAGAGACACACUCGAUAAAGCAAGAAAAUCAGACUUAAUGAAAGAUUUUUAUUUGGACAUUACUAGGGCUUUGGGUAUUUGCUUUGCUCUACCUGCUGCACAUCGCCGUCGUCCGCCUCGACGUGCUGCGCAUACGCUCCCACUUAAAAUCACCUUCAAGCCACCGCAUCGCCGCGCAGUCCCUCCUCGCCGCCGCAAGACUCAAGGCACUUGCCAACGUCAAGUACUUCUCACCGUAAUCGCGCCUUCACGUGUGAUCUGUGUAUCACCCACUCACCCACCCACUCACUCACAUACUCACCCACUCACCCACUCAACCACCCACUCACCCACUCACUCACCCAACCACCUACUCACUCACUCACCCACUCACAUACUCACUCACUCAACCACUCAACCACCCACCCACUCAACCACUCACCCACUCACUCACCACCUAAUCACUCACUCACCCACUCACACAACCACUCAACCACCCACCCACUCAACCACUCACUCACCCACCCAACCACUCAACCACCCACUCAACCACCUAAUCACCCACUCAACCACUCACCCACCCACAUACUCACUCACUCACCCACUCAACCACUCACCCACUCAACCACUCAACCACUCACCCACCCACAUACUCACUCAACCACCCACUCAACCACCUAAUCACCCACUCAACCACUCAACCACUCAACCACUCAACCACUCACCCACUCAACCACUCAACCACUCACUCAACCACCCACUCACCCACUCAACCACUCACUCAACCACUCACCCACUCAACCACAUACUCACUCACCCACUCACUCACCUCCCUCUUUCACUGCUUGCUGGACAGCUUUCGGGUUUUAUUGGUGGGACUGUAGAAGUUAAAAAAGCAUUGUUGAAGGGUUUGCACAGUAAUGUAAAUCAGCUUAGUAAGCUUUUACAAGCAUCUUGCGGAGGUGAGGGGUGUAAUUGUUAUGAUAAGAAUUUCAGUGAUAAGCAUCUUAAAAAUCUUCAAGAGAAAUUUGGAAAAUAUGAUAAAAUUGAGAGACAAUUUGAUAGCCUUAAAAAUGAAAUUGCUGGAAAAAGUAAGGCGUCCGUAGGGACGCCGUCCGGCAUUGAUGCUGAGAUUGCGGAGCAUAAAAAGAAAAUUGAAGAGCUUAAAAAUAAAAUUUUCUCUGAAAGUUCCACGCUUACAAAGCAAAUUACAACUGUAAUUUCCGCUGUUGAAAAGCAAAUUAAGUCACUUGACAAAAAGAAAAAUGAAGUUGAUAACCUUCAACGUCAAGUGAAUGAGCUUAAAAAGAAAAUUGAGGAGGGAAAAAAAAAGAAAGUUGGAGACCUUGAAAGGCUUAAAAAACAGCUUGAAACAUUUGAAGAGCAACUUAAAUCUGCAAAAGAAAAUUUCCCUGAGAAGCUUUCUAAAUCCCUUGACUCUCAUCAGAAGUCUAUGGAGUCUCUCAAAAGUCUACAAAGCCUUUGUCAACAUUGUAAGGAUGUUAGUAAAACACAGAAAAAUGAUGGAAACUGUAAAGAUAUUUUAUCUAAUUUGUGCACAGGCCUCGAAAAAUUUCUCGGCCUUAGUAAUGGUAAUUACACCGGAGAGGGAAUUGUGUACUCGGACCUCGACAGGCUGUGCGACGGGGUGAUGUCUUUCCUUCAUGGAGUUUUAAGUAACAUUCAGCCUAAAUUAGGCCAGCAUAAAGACACUUUAAAUGAUGCACUUACUUCACUUAACAACAAAGAUAAUAAUGGUAUUGCUAAAUACAGGGCGGCGAUAGCCGCGGUGGCCGGUGGUGUACGUACAUAUAAUGUGAGAGUGGCAGCGUCGAAUAAGAGUGUGAAAAGUGUAAUUAAUAAGUUGCGUGAUGAUGUUAAUGAUAAAUUUGUGAAAAGUGUGGAAUACAUAUUGCGUGAAAAAAUUGAUGCGCAGGGGAACAAGAUAGAGCCUACUGAACGGGACGUCACCGACGCCGAAAGGCAAAUUAAUGACAAACUUCAGCAAUGCCGUAAAAAUGCUGAGACAUUUUUCACUAAUUUAGACGUUAGUGACGCAUCACGUAGCACACAUAAAAACGCAAUUUCCGACUUAAAUGCUAAAUUGAAAGAUAAGCUUGAGAGCGUGCGUAAGACAGUGGAGUAUGAGAGUGCGCGGUUGGGGAGGGUGAAGGGGCAAGAAGGGAAGGUGUUGAAAGCAACGGAAGCGGAGAUUAAGAGGGUGUUGGAAGAGCUUCAGACAUGUGUCUGCAGUAAAAUCGAUACUCAAGUGAAAUUGCUUGUUAACAAGUUGAAGGAAGAGAUUAACAAAAUUCUAAAGACACUGAAGAAAUUGAGUGAGGAUCUGAUACAGUGUGUUCACAGGUUAGGAAAGUGGAUUGAGAAGGCGGAUGCCGCCGUUAAGGCGGCGGAGCAGAAACUUAAUGAAAUAAUAGCGCACAUCGAUAGUUCUUCAACCAUAUAUCCUAUGCAGAUUAGAGCGACGGCCGAGCAGAUAAGGACACAGGCUCACUUAGCUCAGGCUGCGGGAGAGGAAGCUAAAAAGCAAGUUGCCGAGAAAGUUAAAGAAGCCCUCACGGCCGUGAAAACGAUGGACGACGAGCUGAAGAAGGAUUUGCACGGGGUGAGGGAGAAUAUCAAAAAGGCGAUUACCAAUUUGGCGAAGACGUUGGAUACUAAUGUGAAGAAGGAUUUAGGGACGUUGGAAAGUGGGAUUAGGAGCGCGUUGACGGAGCAUGUUAAGAAUGUUUUAAAAGCGAUUAAUAAGGAAGUUGAUAAAAUUAAGGGGAAAGAAAAUCCAGGAUCCACAGGCCUGCAUGGGAUCAAGAAUAGAGUGAAGGAGUACGCAGAGAAGUAUGCUAACGGCGGAUUUGACAGUAUAGUUGAUGGGUGGUUGGAGGAUAUAUUGAAAAACAAUAUGGUCGUUAAGAAAUAUUUCUGGCAGUAUGUUGACAUGAGUGGGCAGCAGAAGUUUGAUUCGCAAUAUAUAACCAUUGACGCUAAGGCGGUUGUUUUUAGCAAAACGAAUGAAAUCGCCCCUAUAAUUAAGAAUGCGCUUAAGGGCGUAGUGAGUGCAGCAUUCGAUGCCUUUCAGGAUUCUCAAUUAAAUAGCGACAUUAAACACAAUAUUUCAAAAGUCAAAGGUUCUUGUGAAAAGCUUGCAAAUGAGAUUGAGAAAAGGAUGGAAAAUGACAAUUUUCAUGAGAGUGAUGCGCGUUGCUUUGGCCAUGGCAUUGUCACAGCCAUUGAAGCGAAGGUGGCGCCAAGCUAUAAGGGUAACACUUCUCAAAUUUUUCUUUUCGCCGUAGUCCGUGCCGUUUUAGCCGCUCUCAUCUCCGCCGCCAGGCGUGCUGCUGGGGAUAUCGAAUCAUUCACACUCCAUGACAAGAAUGGACAUAACACAAACGGCGGCAACAUCGCCGCAAUGGUAGAAGCGGCUUCUACGGCGGCGGAUGGUCUGUACAGUAACCUUGAACAGGCACAAACUAAAGGCUCCGGCGCCGCCAUCCUCGCCUCCACCCAGGAUGUGAAUCUUGCAAAAUACUAUGUUGAUAGGGAUGUUGCAGCAGAAGUUGACAAGCAUAUUCCCGGUGAAGGUGAAAGCGGUAUCAAACUUAAUGACAAAGGCCUCAUGCCCCAAUUCCACGAGACCCACCAGAAGCUCCUUAAAGGCCAGAUAGCAAGCGCCACCGGUGGAGGUAGUGACGUGCUCGAGCAGCAGUUGCCGGAGGCAAGUGGUGAGAAAGUCAACCUUAAGGACAACAAAGCAAUUUUCACGAAUUACAGAUCCCACGUCGGACAAGAUAACAUUGACACUCUCACUGACGUCAACGAGCUUGAAGGCACCCUUCCAGACGCGAUCAAGGAAAUCAGGACGCAGGUGACCGCCGCUGUGGGACCACUUGACGGUCUGCAAGCUACACUUCUAGGGUACGCCACCGAUGUCGAAUCGAGGCUCAGUGAACUAUGCUACGCCAUUAAGAACGCCGCGGAACUAGAUCCGAAGAGCGCGAAGAAUAAAUUGGAAGAGUUGAGAAAAACGUACUUUAAGCAGUACGAUUCAAGUAAGCCGGAAGACGUUAAGGAUAGCAUCAACAAAAUCCAUGCUGAACUUGGCCUUGUACGUAGCAAACUACAGGCUGAACCUAUUGCGGAACUUGAGAAAUUCCUCAAAGACGCAGAGACAACUGAAAAACGUUACGUCAAAGAACUCCAGCGACAAGUUACAUCAGAAGUCAACUCCGCCCAAUCCAAACUCACCACCCACGCGCGCAGGCAGUACGUCGAGGCCCUCAAGUUCCUACUCACCGAAUUUGCGAAAAAGGUUGGAAACGAGCUACAUGGAUUGCCGGACAAAAUUGCUGCAGAUUUGCAACAGGGCCAUAAAAAAUUCAUGAAGACGUUCCAUACUUUCCUUACCAAAGUUAAUGGUAUCAAGGAAAUUAAGUCUCACAUUUCGCUCAUCGAUCCUCCGCAAUAUUCGCCGCUGAGCCAGGCAACAAAGAUUUUGAAUGCCGGUUUCGAAAAUUUCUUCCAAAAUUUGCAACUGCAAGAGGAUUUCGCUGAUGACUUCAAGAAAGUUGCGGACUCCAAGGAGUCCUUGGCCAAAUUACUUGAUGGUCUCACAACCUCCGAGCAUUUCGACAACAAAUUCAGUGACAACCUGGAGGAACUUGAAAAGAAAAUCGCAGAAUUCAAACCUUCGAAAUUCGGCGAUGCAAAAAGCCCGUUGCUGCUGGAAGCCUUGAGAAAAGGCUUUACGCCCCUCGUCACUGAGCUCCAGAAUGCUUACAUAAAUAGUUACUCGGGGAGAAAAUGGCAUGAGAGUGAACUGGGACACUACGCGAAAAUAAGUUUGAGCAUAGUUCCCCUUUUAUUUAGCACGUUAAAGGAGCUGAAAGAUGGUCUUGAAAAACCAGGAGGUAAAUGGCAAGAGUAUAAAAUCUACAACUCCUCGGAUCGCAAGUCCAGCUUAUAUGCCCUUUUCCUCCGUGAAAACGGUUACGACGUCGGCCGUCGUCGCAACACCGAACAUGGCGAACUAAAUCACAGAAACAACUUUAAUGGUAGCAGUAUUCUUAGUCAUCUCACAAAGGGAACACAUAAUUUGUUCGCUGCUAGCCAGUCUGUUGACACUUCAUCCGGCGGUGCUGACGAUGACAGUGACCUGCAAGUAGAGGUUGUCACCGAAGAUGGUGUAAUUGAAAAACUGCUUUCCCACCUUAGGCAAUACUUUAGUGUUUGCCACCACAUACAUAAUGAUUCACCUAAACUACCGUGUAAUAUAUAUCAAAUGCUGACAUGGUGUUGCGGCCUACAGUUCAACCCUGUGCUUAACAAACUUAAGGAGCACAUGCCCUCCGAGUUCCUCGUCGAGGAUAAGGCAGACCCAUAUGGCAAAUCAGUUAAGCCCUUUGAAGCGCAUCCAUCCAACUUCGAACACACAGAUAUUGACGAUGGGAUUCAUAAAGUCGCUUCCGAUUCCCACGCUGUCCUCACUGCCAUCUUCGGAUACGGUCACUCAGGCGGCGUGUACGCGUAUGCAUUUAGCACUAAUUCACAAAAAUUACACUAUCCUACUAAUAUGGUACAAUUACUAUGUACGCUGUUCGAAAUCCUCCAACGCCUAUAUCACCAGCUGUAUUUCUUAUACACACAGUGCUCGUACGGAACACAUCUUGGCGGUUGGGAAGACUGCUGGUACGGUCGUGGAGUAGGCGGGUCAGCAUGGGUGUGCAACGAUAACCAAUGCCCUAACCAAACGUGUGACCAAAAGCACAACCAACAUUACCAAUGCGGCGUAAAAUCCCCGUUGCAGUCUUUCCUAGAGGAUGGCCUACAAGGCUUCCUGCCACAUACCCUAUCAUCAACCAACAGCAAAGUCAACUGUGCAACCAAAAGCCAUACCAACGUGCCAUGCAAAACGCCGAUGGGCUUCUCUGAAAUCACUACUGUAGCAUCGCAUAUAAAAACAGGCCAGCACAUAAGAGAUGUUCUUGCCGAUUUUUGCGGCAAAGUGGAAUCACCUCUAACCAAGCUGUGUGCUCAACUUUCAUGCCUUCUCCCUAGUGCUCCCAAAACAUUAGGUGACAUGUUUUCGUUCUUCUAUAGCUUCAUCGUCGGCUGGGGAGGCGACGGUAAGGAACAUAGAAGCGAUGCUUUUUAUACGGCUGUUGCCAAAGCAAAUUUCGGUGGGGCAUAUUUUAAUUUCGAUCCUGCAAUAUUAUUCGGCAAUCCUAAGCAUUCACAUCAAGCUCUCAAUGCCGACCUGCGUAGCCUUGUAUGUAUCAAUAAAUCGGCCGUCACGUGCGGUCCCUAUCUGCAGUCUGUUAAUCAUCACAUCAGCAGCACGUUCUCCAAAAAACACGCCGGCAAUUACCUCUCGUGGGUAGUUUACCUUACCGAAUCAUUCUACGAUUUACUUAAAAAGUUGUAUGAUGACUGCUGUAGUACGUGUGGCGGUGAUAAGCCAAAAUGCCGAAUUGCUAAAUGCCCACAAAACUGCAGUGUUGGAGGGAAAUCGGCUAGCUCAACACACGAUGAGUCAUGUAACUCAAUAGUAAAGUGUCAUCAUACCCGUCCAACACUCUACAAAUAUGGCUUCGUGCAUGAUAACGUGGUGAAGCUGUUUGAGCAGACUAGCAGGAGGACGUGCAGAGAUUUCUGCAACGCACUGAACAAGGUUCUUAACAAGGAAGAGAAAAUAGGCGCAACGCUUGCUGAAUUAAUUUAUAGAACAAUUCCAGCAUUCUUGUUCAAAAUUCGUGAACCUUUCAUCUGGACUCUAGUAGCCCUCUGGUCGCUGUCGCUCCUCUACCUGCUGCACAUCGCCGUCGUCCGCCUGGACGUCCUGAGGAUACGCUCCCACCUGCGCUCGCCCUCAAGCCACCGCAUCGCCGCGCAGUCCCUCCUCGCCGCCGCACGCGUCAAGGCACUCGCCAACGUCAAGUACUUCUCACCAUAA